ACAUUAGAUAUUCUUGAAGUUUUUCAUACUUGACUUGACCGCUAUUUUCUGGUAUAUUCAUGAUCUAAAGAUUAAUUGAUGUGUGAGGAUUUACAGCUUAUUCGGAAAGUCCUCAUUUUGUCGCCAACGGGCUGAAAUCAAGUUUUAUAUCCCUCAAUUGACAUCAAAACCACGCAAAUUAUGGAUGGAAAAGGUCUUAAAGUUUCUGUGUAUAAGAAUUGGAAUGUCCCAUGCAAAGGGCAGUGGAAAGUUACCACAUUCCCCUCCAAAGAAAGUUGCCUGCCAACCAGCAAAUCUCCAACCUCAACUCAUCCCUCCUCGCCCACAAACGCUCACCAUAACGAGAGAGAACCAAGUCAAAACUUUGCUUUUGUCAAUUCAUCUUCCCAAGGAACACAAGCCGAUGUAAAUAUACGAAAGUUUGUACGGAAACAUGUGAGGAAUGAUUACCUUAGCAAGAGCCGGGAAAACAAAAGGAGGCCGAAAGUCCGUUCGACAACAAUAAAAGACGUCGUGGAUCCUCAGUCAGUGGUAUACACUGGUGGCCGUCAAAAUGAUGAUAUCGUUAUUGAAGGACUCAUCGGGUUCCCAACCGCUCUCAGCUUGUCUCCAUGGCCUAUCGAAAUGACACCAGAAACACAUCGGUUGUUAAGCAGAUAUUUUACGUAUGCUAGCUCGAAAAUAUAUCCAUUGCCCAAAUACCUUUCCUCAAAUCCUUUAUGUUCAGCCGAAUGGUUUCGUUUUACGAUCAGUGAUGCAGUAAUGUUUCAUGCGAUAUUGUAUGCUGCCGCGCUCUAUAUCUCCUUGCUUCAAGGUGGGAAGGAAUCGGAAGUUUCUGUGUACCAUCUAGGGAAAGUUCUAGAGAAUGCCAAAGAUAAACUCCAAAAGGGUCAAAUAGCAGAUGACAGUACUAUUGCUGCUCUGUCCUGUGUGGCUUCGGGAGAAGUAGGUUUAUAUUUUCACAUCAAAUUUUGCUACGUGAUUAAUUGAUGUCUACUGACAUUUCACCUAGGCAUAUACAGGUCAUCCUGACUUAUGGCACAUUCACAUGCGUGGUAUACAACAAAUGAUUAAAACACGAGGCACAAUGUCAUCUCUACCUAUCAUUAUACAGGCAAAACUUCGUCGGUAGGUCAUUCUAAUAGAAAUUAGGAGAAAUCGGGUUUUAAUUGUCUUCAAGAUCUGAUGUCACCGGUGCGAUUGAUUAUGCUGCUGAACCAUAUCUUUACUAUGAGCCACGAAGCCAUUCGGAAAUAUCAAUAUCUCAAAUUUUACCUGCACAUAUGAUCCACGCAGUCAAUACCCGCAUUGCAACUAUAUUCGCCAAAUGCGCAAUUCACUCAAAUCUCAUCGAAAUCAUGCAACAUCUAGCUAUCUUCUACCAAUCAAUUCAAUUCGCUGCUUCAUCUAAAAGCCUUCUGGAGCCAAGAGAGUUUCUCAACGAUAUUUACUGGAUCGAGUAUGAAUUGUUAUCGUUUCCCUCGUCCGCAGGGAUAAAACAAGAAUCAGGUAUCAACAAAGCAACCCGUAUCGGAGCUCUACUAUUCAUGAAAUCGAUUAUUGAUGAAUUUCCACAUUCGGCUAUUGGCCCCUCGAUCCUACUGCAACAACUACAAGAUUCUCUAUCCACAAUUGAUACCGCGAAAGUUACAGAACAAUCUCGUCAGUGGCUGAUUUGGUUAUUUGCUAUUGGCGCCGUGUACUCAAAGCGGGAGCGCAUCUCACGAACCUGGUUUGUGGAGCAAUUGGCGGGGUUGCAUAUGGAGCGCCUGAAGGAUCUACUAGUUGACGGGCAAAUACAUGCAGAGAAGACAGGAGAAUACGAAGAAGAAUUCCAAUUGUGGGAAAUACUGGAGCUCAAAAACGUUAUUGAGAAGAAGGAACUCUUGCUACUUUGGGAUGAUGUUUCUCGGUGGAGACUAAAGCUAUACAGUUUGGAGGGGCAAAUCGAAAAUUCCGGGACCGAGACUCCCUAGGGCUAAUUAUUCACGGUACGCUGCAAUAGGAUGCAUACAUAUCGACAAACAUCACCACUAUUCAUGUAUGUCUUGGACAAAGCCAAUCCAAAUGAAUCGAUGUCGUAUGGUAGGGAACUCUGGAGAUACCUCGGGAGGUGGCACAAACAACACGAAUCAGCCAUUCUCACGCUAAGCAUAUUCUACAGCUUCCAAGACCCUUCUAGCGUAUUGCCUGAACAAGUCAAUUAAUAUAUUUUCGAAUUCUACAGAGACCAAACCCGCAAAUAUUACGUGGCGAGUUUUGAACGAUAGGUGGGUUCUUUUAGUUCGCCUCAAACUUCAAUUCCGCGGUGUGAGGUGGAGAUUUUUAGAGGACGCAUGUAGGGACAGCGGUCGAACAUCUCCGGGGAUUGCCUUGGGAUAGUGGGACUUGUCCAAUUAUUUCAAUUGCAGCGUUGCAGUUACAACUUGGCGGUAUUGACAUGUCGGAAGAUUCCCUAAAGACCCCAUAAAUGUUCAAUGGAGAAACAUAA